AUGCCACCUAAGAAGAAAGGCGAUGGUAAGGGAGGCCCCAAACCGGGUACUAAACAAGCCAAAGCCGUCGCAGAGAAAGCCGGCGAAGUGAAGAAGCAAGUGCCGGAGGAGCCCAAGAAACCGUCUGUGAAGGAUGUCAUUGGCGGCGCAUCAUGGACAGGGAAGCUACCAGUCAAUAUGUUGGCGGAGCACUGUCAGAAGCAAAAAUGGGAAAAGCCUGAGUACAGCAUGGUUAAAACCGCCGACGGCUUUGUUUCAUCCGUAACGAUGAAGAAGAUAGAUCCUAAAACCAAGGAAUUGAUCGUGAUCCCUCCAAUUAAGCUCCCUCCCUCCCAUAAGCAACUCGCUGGGCAGCCGACAGCCCUCGAAGCGCGCCAUUUCGGUGCAGCGUUUGCUCUCUUCCGAGUAUGCAAUAUGCGCAAUAUUCACAUGAUGAUGCCUCCGACGUACAAGAAAUUGUGGAAGGAGGACUUUGGAGAAAUUAAAGCAGCAGAGACUCGGGAAGGCAAGGGCUGGAUGUACGAGGCAGAUCCAUUCUUAGCCAAGCAAGAAAGAGAGAGCGCGGCCGCAGAUUUGGCAAAGAAGCGAGCAGAUCGUGAAAAAGCCCAGGCAAAGGAGAAGGCCUCAAAUGCGGAAUUAGGGCUAGGAAAUGGAGAUGCCAGGAGUAAACGUAUCUGGUCGCAAGCGCCCAAGGUGGAUAUGGGCACACGGAUUCGACGAGAUAUCGAAGGCCUUUUGCGGCAACAUACGGUUUGGAACCCAUAUGGCGUUAAGAUCCCCGAAAGCCAAAAGAAAAUCAUUGCGGACGAAUUCACCGGCCUAGGGUUCCGUCGCAGCCAUGUGGAAGAAGCUGCAGCGGAAUGCAAAGACCGCGAAGAGAUCUUGGAGUGGCUUCUCAUCUAUGUUCCUGAUGAUGACCUCCCACGGUGGUCUCUGCCGGAAGGAUAUUCAGCUGGAGUCAGUCUUGGUUCUGGUGAUCUCGCUCGUGAGGGCAAAAUCAAACGGCUGGCAUCUGUUGGCUAUCCAGCCGACAUGUGCUCGCAAAUUUUGGACGGCAAGAAUGGCGACGAAUUGGCGGCUGCUGAGCAUUUGCAGGGCACUUUAGCCCAUGGAACUCAAUUCUCGGCCCCAUCAGUGGCGGACGAAGAUGAAGAGGCUUGGGCAGAAGAAGCAACUACACUGGAGGCUAUCUUUGGAGAACGUUAUCACCGCAUAUCAGCCAAGGUCUGCGAGAUCAAUAGCGAGGCACCGGACAUUCCACAAAACACAAUUUUCCGCUUCCAAAAGCCCACCGCCCAUUAUCCAACUACGCCUCCUAUUAUAUCAAUCCAGGCCAAGGGGGUCCCAGCUUAUAUACGUCUUAGUGCAAUCCGUCGGGCAGUGCAGUAUGCCGAGGACAACUUUACGGGUGAAUCUAUGAUUUUCAACAUUAUGGAUUGGCUGGAAGUCAACCUGGCGAGCAUCAUGGAGAACCCAGGUAAAUUGCGAGAGAUUUCCGCUGUGACGGCUUCGUCGUCAGCUGAGACCCACCAAAUUCCUGUGCGUUCAGCUCGGAAGAACCGCAGAGGUAUUGACUGGAAGGUCGACUCAGAACGAAGCUUGGCGAUCCGAGAUGCUUGGGAGGCCAAACAAGAUACAGCGGCGCAGAUCGAGAUGACCCGCAAAAGAAAAGCACUCCCUGCAUGGAACAUCCAACAUGAAAUCAUCCAUGCUAUCAACUCAAACCAGGUGACUAUCAUCUCGGGUGAGACUGGCAGUGGUAAAAGUACACAAUCCGUACAGUUUGUGCUGGACGACAUGAUCCAGCGAGGACUGGGAGGCGCUGCCAACAUUAUCUGCACGCAGCCACGACGAAUUUCGGCCCUGGGUCUUGCCGACAGAGUCAGUGAUGAGCGAUGCGCAGUAGUCGGUGAUGAAGUCGGAUAUGUGAUCCGAGGCGAGUCGAAAGCCAAGCCUGGUUCAACAAAGAUUACUUUCGUGACUACUGGUGUCUUGUUGCGCCGGAUCCAAUCAGGUGGUGAUGCGGAUGGAAAUGUCGCAAGCUCCCUCGCAGACGUAUCGCACGUAGUGGUCGACGAGGUCCACGAGCGAAGUCUGGAUACAGACUUCUUAUUGGCACUGCUGAGGGAUGUUCUAAAUUACCGCAAGGACCUGAAAGUUAUUCUCAUGAGUGCCACCCUCGAUGCUGGCAUCUUUAUGAGAUACUUUGGCAGUCAGAGAUCUGUUGGACUGGUGAACAUUCCUGGCCGAACAUUCCCUGUCGAGGACUACUACUUGGAUGACGUUAUCCGGUAUACAUCAUUUGCCCCAGAACUUGCCGAGGGCUAUGAAGAUGAAGAAGAAGAACCCUCUCGGGGUGAAGAAACACUUGGGAAAGCCCUACGGAGUUUGGGUAUGGGAAUCAAUUACGAUUUGAUCGCAGCAACUGUCGAAUAUAUCGAUGCUCAGCUAGGAGACCAGCCAGGAGGCAUCUUGAUCUUCCUACCUGGUACUUUAGAGAUUGAUAGGUGUCUAAACGCAGUCAAGAGGAUUCCCGACAUGCAUCCUCUGCCAUUGCAUGCCUCCUUGCUCCCAGCCGAACAACGACGAGUAUUCCAGAGCGCACCAAGAGGAAAGAGAAAGGUUAUUGCGGCUACAAACGUCGCAGAAACCUCAAUCACAAUUGAGGAUGUUGUUGCCGUCAUUGACACCGGUCGAGUCAAGGAAACGAGCUACGACCCUAAGGACAACAUGGUCCGUCUCCAAGAAGUAUGGGCAUCACAGGCCGCCUGCAAACAGCGUCGUGGUCGAGCAGGCCGUGUCCGCGCAGGUAUCUGCUAUAAGCUAUACACCCGCAAAGCCGAAUCAAAUAUGGCCCCACGACCAGACCCAGAAAUCCGCCGUGUUCCCCUCGAGCAGCUGUGUCUAUCCGUUAAAUCCAUGAAAGGAAUCGAGGACGUCGCCACCUUCCUAGCCAACACCAUCACCCCACCAGAGAGCAUAGCCGUCGAAGGUGCACUGAACUUCCUGCAUCGCGUAGGCGCUCUAGACCACGACAGACUCACAGCCCUGGGCCGCUACCUCUCCAUGAUUCCCGCAGACCUCCGCUGCGCCAAGCUCAUGAUAUACGGCUCCAUCUUCGGCUGCAUGGAACCCUGCCUCACAAUCGCAGCCAUGCUAACAGUCAAGAGCCCCUUCGUCUCACCACGCGAGAAGCGCGACGAAGCAAACGCCGCCAAAGCAAGCUUCUCCCGCCCAGGCGACGGCGACCUCCUCACCGACCUCUCGGCAUACCAGGCCUGGUCCGAGCGAACCCGCGCCCAGGGCGGCUACUGGGGUACCCAGUCAUGGUGUGCGGCCAACUUCCUCUCCCACCAGACGCUGCGCGAUAUCUCCUCCAACCGCGCGCAGUUUAUCACCUCCCUCAAAGACGCAGGUGUCCUGCCAGUCCAGUAUUCCGAUUCUUUGGCCUCGGCCUGGAACCGCAACGCAGCCAACCGCAACUUGAUCCGCGCUCUUGUUGCUGGAGCCUUCCAGCCCCAGGUUGCGCAAAUCUCGUUCCCGGAUAAGAAGUUCGCCAGCUCUGUUACCGGUACCGUCGAGGUAGACCCGGAUGCUCGCACUAUCAAGUACUUCAAUCAGGAGAACGGCCGUGUCUUCAUUCACCCCAGCUCCAUUCUCUUCUCUGCGGCUGGCUACCCCAGUUCCGCGGCGUAUCUCAGCUACUUUACCAAGAUGGCUACCAGCAAGGUCUUCAUCCGCGACCUCACCCCUUUCAACGCAUAUUCCCUACUUCUCUUCUGCGGUUCUAUAGAGCUCGACACCGUGGGUCGCGGACUAGUUGUAGACGGCUGGCUCCGUCUACGCGGUUGGGCCCGGAUCGGCGUGCUUGUUUCACGGCUUCGCACCAUGCUGGAUGAGGCUCUGACGGAGCGAUUUGAUAAUCCCUCGGUUGUAUCCGAUGGCAGUAGUCUUGCUGAUAGAGUGAUCGAGGCCGUCAAGAAGUUGAUUGAGUUUAAUGGGCUUGAUCAGUGA